GGCCGAGAGGCUGCAGUUGUUGAUCACGACCUCGCCUCCGUGAGGCCUGAGAUCCUUUCGGACGGGAACCCUGCUCCUCGCGACGCAGGGCCAAGUGCCACCCAGGAUAGUUCUGGUAAGAACCGAAAGCAGGAAAAGCGAGGUGCACCCUUCUGGGAGCAGCAGCCCCUGCGGGCCGGUCGGAGGCCCUGGGGGGGAUUUGGGUGCCAGCCCCAAGUGACAAAGUGACAGACGGAUGGACGGACCUUUCUCCUGACAGUACGAGGACGCAGGCUGGCAAAUCAGCCUCGAGCCCAAGCUCGCUCGGGAAGAGAUCACACGGGGAGCACGCACACGGGACCCGGAGGGAGAGCGGCCCCGGCAAGAGGAACGAGGCAACAGGGGAGGGGAAUCGAGACGGACUUGUGCUUCAGCAGCUACUCACCCCGAGCGGGAGCAAAAUGUCCCUGAAGUUGCCAAGAAACUGGGAUUUCAACCUGAAAGUGGAGGCUGGGAAAAUAGCGCGCUCCAGGAGUGUGAUGACCGGCGAGCAGAUGGCCACCCUGCACCUGCCGGCCCCCAGCCCGCUGCAGAGGCCCGUCAAGAUGGGCUGGCUGAAGAAGCAGCGCUCCAUCGUGAAGAACUGGCAGCAGAGGUACUUCGUGCUGAGGGCGCAGCAGCUCUGCUACUACAAGGACGAGGAGGACGGGAAGCCCCAGGGCUGCCUGUACCUACCAGGAGGCACGAUCAAGGAGAUCGCCACCAACCCAGAGGAGGCGGGGAAGUUUGUCUUCGAAGUCAUCCCAGCUGUGUUUGGCCAGCGUUUGGAUGAGACGGUGGCCUAUGAGCAGAAAUUCGGCCCCCACCUGGUGCCCAUCCUCGUGGAGAAGUGUGCAGAGUUCAUCCUCCAGCACGGCCUACAUGAAGAGGGCAUCUUCCGGCUCCCUGGGCAGGACAACCUGGUGAAGCAACUCAGAGAUGCUUUCGAUGCCGGGGAGCGGCCCUCCUUCGACAGAGAUACGGAUGUGCACACAGUGGCCUCCCUGUUAAAGCUCUACCUCCGAGACCUCCCAGAGCCAGUGGUUCCCUGGAGCCAGUACGAGGGGUUCCUGCUAUGUGGGCAGCUCAUGAAUGCGGAUGAGGCAAAGGCGCAGCAGGAGUUGGUGAAGCAGCUGUCCCUCCUUCCUCGAGACAACUACAGCCUCCUGAGCUACCUGUGCAGGUUCCUACAUGAAAUCCAGCUGAACUGUGCUGUUAAUAAGAUGAGCGUGGAUAACCUGGCUACCGUGAUUGGUGUGAAUCUCAUCCGGUCAAAGGUUGAAGACCCUGCUGUGAUCAUGAGAGGGGCUCCUCAAAUCCAAAGAGUGAUGACCAUGAUGAUCAGAGACCAUGAAGUUCUUUUCCCGAAGUCCAAGGAUGUACCCCUCUCACCCCCUGCUCAGAAAAAUGACCCUAAGAAACCUCCAGUAGCUCGAAGUUCUGUGGGCUGGGAUGCCACUGAAGACCCUCCAAUUUCUAGGGCAGAUAGCUUCAGUAACACGACCAGCAACUCGGAUGCCACUAGCCCCACUGGACAACAGCCGAGCGAUGGGUGUCUGGAAGAGAGCAGUAAAGCCCCCAGGGAAAAGCUAGGAGAUUGGAAGCUGCAGUCACGAAAAAGGACUCAGACGCUCCCUAAUCGGAAAUGCUUCUUGACGUCAGCGUUUCAAGGUGCCAACAGCGGCAAAGUGGAGAUCUUUAAAAAUGAGUUCUGGUCACCUUCAGACGUAAAGGCAGGGGAAGGGCACAGGAGAACGCUGUCUCAAGGUGUGCCUCACUAUCCCGACGCCCAGCGGACUUCCACCUACGAUAACGUCCCCACCCUGCCGGGGCCCACCGGGGAGGAGGCAGCCGCGGCCUCUUCCCCUGCUUGUGACUCCAAGAGAGAAACUCUUGCCAGCCCCAGCUCUGAAACUGGGCCUGAGAAAAAGAACUCUGGCGAGGAGGAACUUGAAUCCUUGCAGACGGUGGUCCAGAAGCUGCGAAAGGAAAUAGAAACACAGAAGCAAAAGUACGAGGAACAGAUCGAAAACCUCGAGAAGGAAAACUACGAUGUGUGGGCCAAGGUGGUGAGGCUCAACGAGGAGCUGGAGAAGGAGAAGAAGAAGUUUGCGGCCCUGGAGAUCAGCCUCCGCAACGUGGAACGCUCCCGGGAGGACGUGGAGAGGAGGAACAAGGCCCUGGAGGAGGAAGUCAAGGAGUUCGUCAAAUCCAUGAAAGAGCCCAAGGCCGACGCGUGAGGGGCCCACGGGAGCCGAGGGGAGGCCCCCCCAGCGCGCCGCCUCCUGACUGAGAAGCAAACGACUCCCCAGGGAGUCGGGAGGAGACAUUGCGGGGACACGUCCCAUUUCCCAGGAAAAUUAAUCAGUGGAAUUUACAGGAAGGUGAGGGUGAGCAGGGACGCGGGGACAUCGGUGACCCCCUGCCGCUCUGUUCAGAAGGCCCUUGUCACCCAGCGGGGUCUCAGGAGGGUGAGACGGAACCUCCCACGGCGGAGGCCAGGGCCGGGGGAGGCAUCGGGGCAGGCCCUCUCCCAGGGCCGACGCCGCGGGCUGCACGGAGGCGUUAGCUCGUUAUUUUUUGUUUUUGUUUUUGUUUUUUUGCUUUGGGGGAACAAUACAUCCAGGCACAUGGCCUCGCGGGGCCCUUGAGACGCCGGGCGGAGACGAUCUUUCGAUCUUUCGCCCUCUUGCGCUCACCUGGUGAGCUGUGGUCUGGGCCGCUGCACCUGCUGACCAGAGCCCGCUCCGCCAGCCCCUCCUGGAUGCCUACCCUGGGGGCUGGAAACCCAAACGUAUUAUUAGACUGAGACAAAAACGAGCAAUAAACUUUGUAUUUAUGAAGGCAAAAUCGAUGAGAGAAGUAUAUUCAAACAAACAAACAAACAAACAAACGAACAAAAAAGGCAGGUGUGUCGGGAGCCCCUGCGGGGCGGUGGGCCCAGAACGGCGCUUUCCCACCACGGUGUUGGGCUCCCUUCUAGGCUCGCUGUGGCUUUUAGAGAAGAAUAGUCACGGUAAUGGGGUUUUUUUAUUCUGUUUCAUCACAAUGAAAGUGCUUUGGCUCUUGAAGGGGACCAGACACAGGAGGGAGUAGCUGCGGGGGGUUCCUGGCCACCCCACCGGAGGACGCCCCCGCAGGCAGCCUCGCGGGCUGGUGAGGCCCGUCGCCCUGGUUAGGCGCUCUCCAGGCUCUGCGGACCUGCGCCCCAGCGGUAGAAAACACCGGAGCAGAGGCGUCCCAGCGGUCCCUCCACCUGGAAUCCCAUACGCGCUGCUGCGUCGCUCUCUCAGGCACACACAGCGCAGACGAGGAGCAGCAACGGCCCCAGACACACGUGCACGUUCUCGAGGUGCCUUCCACCGGGAGGCCACCAGUGGAAGCAGGUGUCCCAGCAGGUGUCGCCUGGGCUCCUUAGGCGCCUGUCCCCCCAUCACGGCCAUGCACGGACUCGGACCCCGCAAGCAGGUGGCCGCGCCACGGGGCUGAGAUCUGCGGUCUCCAUGUGAGGGGGGGUGGGGGGGCUUCCCUGCGCGGGUUUCCGCCCUCACUCCUUUUUCUGCUUCCGUUUUCUCACUCCUUCUCCUCUUUGUUUUCUCCGCCCCGUUGUCCUCCCCCUGCCUGUGGCCGUGGCGCCGCCCCCACGGAGCAAAGGGUGCAGACGGGGGCACAAACCUGAUGCUCAAACCCUUCCUACCCCCGUGUCGACAGAAUCAGGAUUUGGGGGGUGGUGGAGCCUAAGAACUUCUUUCUUUAAAAAAAAAAACUUCCAGUUAUUUCCAAUAUGCAAACAGAAUUGUUACACAUGGUUGCAAAACUGCUGAGUUUGGCUCAACUCGUGACUAGUGAUGAUAUUAAAUCUUCCUACGCCUUUUU